AUGGUGCAAGAUCAAGGUGAAAAAGAAAACCCCAUGCGGGAACUGCACAUCCAAAAGCUCUGCCUCAACAAAUGUGUUGGAGAUAGUGGUGAUGGCCUGACCCGGGCUGCUAAAGUGUUGGAGCAGCUCACAAUCCAUACCCCAGUGUUCUCCAAAGCUUGCUAUACUGUCAAAUCUUUUGGAAUCAGGAGAAACGAGAAGAUCGCAGUUCACUGUACAGUCCGUGGAGCCAAAGCUGAAGAGUUUCUGGAGAAGGGGCUAAAGGUGCAAGAAUAUGAGUUAAGGAAAAAUAACUUUUUAGACACGGGCAACUUUGGCUUUGGGAUCCAAGAGCAUAUCGACCUGGGGAUUAAAUAUGACCCAAGCAUUGGCAUCUACGGCUUGGACUUCUAUGUAGUGCUGGGCAGGCCUGGCUUCAGCGUUGCAGACAAAAAGCAGAGGACAGGCUGCAUCGGGGCCAAACACAGAAUUGGCAAAGAGGAAGCCAUGCGCUGGUUCCAGCAGAAGUCCGAUGGCAUCAUCCUUUCUGGCAAAUAA